GUCAGAGAGAGCAUCUGUCAAGCCCACAUUUAAACUGCUGCCUGCCUGUGCAGCAGCUGAGGAACCGUGGAUUUCGUAUUAUAGACUAAAACCCCAGCACAACUGCUCGGGGAGGGGGAAAAAAUCUUUCCUGCAGCUGCCAGGCAGGAAUGAAAGAAGAAAGGUAAAUCCUAUUCUUUUCCAAUACAACCGAAGCACUUGAUUCUGGCUCUGCUGCUUUACAUUGUAGCUCAGUGCUAUUACUAGAAAUAUGGAUACUGAGAAGAGAACACAGCACUGCAUUGUCCAGUCAGGAAAACAGCAGAUGUAAAAAGCUUCAAUGCAUCAACUGUCGGAAAGAGUCAACAGUGCUCUGAAUCAACGAACAAUUACAGCUCUUUUGUCUAACGAGAGAGAGAAAAUGAAAGAAAGCAGAUAUCUCAGAAGACUAGGAACCAUAUGAACACGGAGGGUAACCCGAAGACAAGCCGACAGAUGGACACUUUGGAUACUGUGAAAAGCAAUCGCAGGAGGCAGACUGUUGGGGGAUGUGCGCAUGUUCGACAGCAUCUUUUUUGCUGAAGUGAUGGCGUGCCAAAAGUACUUUCAGUGGUAUAAGCCUCUCCACAUAAAUGGCCUGACUAAGGAAGAAUGACUACGAGGGACACGCGUGACUGAAUUAGAAAAUGACUACCAAAGAAUAGUAUUGAUUCACAAGAAGAAAACAGUAUUUCAGCCAACCAAUAUUUCUCAUUUCAUUACUGGAUAUUUACAACAUGCUUCAGUGGAGAAGACGACACUGUUGCUUUGCAAAAAUGACCUGGAAUGGCAAGAGGUCUCUGUUUCGUACCCAUCUUAUUGGUGUACUUUCCUUAGUGUUUCUUUUUGCCAUGUUCCUGUUUUUUAAUCAUCAUGACUGGCUGCCAGGUAGAGCUGGAUUCAAAGAAAACCCUGUGACAUACACUUUCCGAGGAUUUCGUUCUACAAAAAGUGACACAAACCAUAGCUCCCUUCGAAAUAUUUGGAAAGAAACAGUCCCUCAAACACUGAGGCCCCAAACAGCAACUAACUCUAACAACACUGACCUUUCACCACAAGGAGUUACAGGGCUAGAGAACACUCUUAGUGCCAAUGGAAGUAUUUACAAUGAAAAAGGUACUGGGCAUCCAAAUUCCUACCAUUUCAAGUACAUUAUUAAUGAGCCUGGAAAAUGCCAAGAGAAAAAUCCUUUUUUAAUACUACUAAUAGCUGCAGAACCUGGACAAAUAGAAGCCAGAAGAGCUAUUCGGCAAACUUGGGGCAACGAAAGCUUAGCACCUGGCAUCCAAAUCACAAGAAUUUUUUUGUUGGGAGUAAGUAUUAAGCUAAAUGGCUAUCUUCAACGUGCAAUACUGGAAGAAAGCAGACAAUAUCAUGAUAUAAUUCAACAAGAAUAUCUAGACACAUACUAUAAUUUGACCAUUAAAACACUAAUGGGUAUGCACUGGGUUGCAACAUACUGUCCACAUAUUCCAUAUGUUAUGAAAACUGACAGUGACAUGUUUGUCAACACUGAGUAUUUAAUACAUAAGUUAUUGAAGCCAGAUCUGCCUCCUAGACAUAACUAUUUUACAGGUUACCUAAUGAGAGGCUACGCACCCAAUCGAAACAAAGACAGCAAGUGGUACAUGCCACCAGACCUCUACCCCAGUGAGCGUUAUCCUGUCUUCUGUUCUGGAACUGGUUAUGUAUUUUCUGGAGAUCUGGCAGAAAAGAUAUUUAAAGUUUCUUUAGGUAUCCGUCGUUUGCAUUUGGAAGAUGUGUAUGUAGGAAUCUGUCUUGCCAAGUUGAGAAUUGAUCCUGUGCCCCCUCCCAACGAGUUUGUGUUCAAUCACUGGCGAGUUUCUUAUUCAAGCUGUAAAUACAGCCACCUAAUUACCUCUCAUCAGUUCCAGCCUAGUGAACUGAUAAAAUACUGGAACCAUUUACAACAAAAUAAGCACAAUGCCUGCGCCAACGCUGCAAAGGAAAAGGCAAGCAGGUAUCGUCACCGUAAACUACACUAAAAAAGAUCAUUUUUUAAAGUGUGCAAUGUGUAAAUAAUGCUACAAGCAUGUAUGGUUAAAAUACACUCAUAGGACAAGUUUUAGUUAAAAUUCAUCACAUAAAGUAAUUCAAAAAUUAUUUUUUAAAUUUCUGAAGGUAGUAUUUAACAGUAUAACAUCAUAAUGAUGAAAAGAUAUCCCAAGAGAACCUAAAAAACUGUACAAGCGAAUUCUGUGUAUUAACAUGCAAUAAUAAGUAUGAAUAUACUGAAGGUUCAAGUUUUAUGUUAGAGCCAAUAAAAUACAUCUGAAUAUAUUUUCACAUAAAUUUUAAUUUAGGAAACAAAGACAGUUAAAAGACUUCAUUUUAGAUUUAGCUUUUCAUUUCGAUAUAUAAUUAAAUGUAAAUAAAACAUUACUAUCAAUUUUAAGGACACUUUGUGCAAAGGACAAAUUUUCUGACCUAACUAUUCUAGGUUUUUAAAAACUUAAAUUCCAUGCAAUAAGAUUUAGUUGAGUUAUUUGAUAAACUGUCAUAAAGUUUAGAUGUUUCAUCAGUACUGUUUUCACCUAUUUAAAUUUUUUUUAAAUGAGAUAUUCAUCUGAGUUUCUUUUAUUAUUACUCAUAUAUGGGGAAUUAUUUUAACAUGACAUGAUAAAAUGUGGCAAAUCUGUAUGUCUCAGGCUGAAGUUUUUAUUUAAAAAAGUUAUCUAUCGAAUGUUACCAAAUAGAUAAAUUGUUUCCUCACUGAUGUUACAAGCCAAGCUAGUUAUUUCAAUGAAUUAGAUUAAAUACUACACGAAGAGUACCACCAUUUAACUUCAAAUAUACCUGACUUCAAGUAUUUCUGUAAAAAUAAAUAAUGUUCAUUUCUCUAGCUGAAAAAAAAGUAAUCACUUAAAGGUAUAAAGACAUUACAGGAAAAAGAGAAUACAGUAACAGUUUCAUUCAAUACAUUUUUAAGAUGCAUGUAUGCCAAACUGCAACAUAUGGAAAGUUUAUUUUCUGACAGCAGGUGUACACAUUGCCAACACUUAAUCAUUUUAUGGCACCUAUUUCUUUCUCUGAGUGCCAAGUUUUACAAACCUGCAGUUUUUAAUUUGGUAGAUGAUAAAAUUCUGUAUAACCAAAUAAAAACCUUUAGGGGAGGGAUGGAGGAGAAAAGUACAAAUGUUUGAUGCACACCUGACUUUAGGAUGAAUAAUGUAUAUGAAACACUUUUAUCAAGCUUUUAAUAAAAAAGAUAAACAAAAAAAUUUACUGAGUGUUAUGAUACAAAUAUUUUUACAGUAAUUUUGUUUGACUCCAUCAUGGACUUUAAAAUCAAGAAAAACUAAUCCAUUAACCCUAAACUAGUAUUUUUAUUUGAUAAAAAUGCAUAAAUUAUCAGAACAUUUCCUAUCUCACUUCUAAAAAUCAUUUUUAUCUCUCUUACUAAGGGAUAAAUCACCAGACUACAACUACAACAUUUGUUUCAGUUCAGAAUCAUGAAAGGUUUAAGUUCACAUUAUGUAGUAUGUUGAAUUCUAUUUACAUUCUUAAGCCUGUGUUCUACUCUACAUGGAAUAAUUUUUUAAAAUGAUCUAGUAACAUCUUCUGCUCUUGAUUCAAAUCUGUUUUUCACUUAACUUAUUCUGAUUGUAGAACAAUUACUAAAUAAAAAUCACACAUAACAGGAUGGUAUCAAAUUAGUGUUUUAUGUAAAGGAAAAAUGGAAUUCUUCCAUCACUAUAUAGAAAUUCCCUCUAAGUUAUACUGACAUUUAAAAAAAAAGACAAAAAGAAACAUCUGUGUGAGCAUGCACAGAGUAUAUAAAUCCUACGAGAAUCUGAGUAGUAUUCACCCAAAUUAUGCAUAUAGUGUAUGACCUUCAAAAGACAGUACCGUAUUUCUCUUGUGAAAAAAUUAAGUUUGAAAAAAACAACUUAUGAAAAAUAAUUCUUAACACUUAACCUCCUAUUUGAGAAAUUAACUUAUAAUCAUGUCUAUAUUCCUAAUAAUUCUACCUUGAAAAAUAAUGAUAAUCUGAUAUAUCUGAGUCCUUCAAGGGGAAUGGAUCCAACAGUGAAGCUCUUAGUAAUGAAGAAAAUCCUUAUUUCAAACUAAUAUUCUAUUAACUUGAUUUUUCACUUUCAAACCACAUGCAAGUUAAUUUCUUAAGCAAAAUAAAUCUUUAAACAUCUUACCAAUUAAUUAUGUUUUUUCUCAGUACUAUGCAAUUCUUGACACACAUAAAAAUAAUUUUAAAUAACAGCACUGGAUGUAACAAAGAAAAGAUUACAAGACCAACUAUGUAAUCUUUACACUCAAAGUACUAACAUGUCCACGACAGGUCUGUAAUUCGUAUGUCUUGCUGCCAGGUAGCUUGAACCACCAGCAGCACAUGCAUACUAUCCCACAGGGUGGCUUUUUAUUAACUGUGUCAGUGAAAAGACCAGUAAAAGUGAUUAGAUCCAUCUGUACCCCUCACCCAUGGAAUAUUCAUGUAUAUACCACAGAAGGUUCAAGCCAGCAGGAAUAUGUUAAUAUUUUAGAGACUAAAAAUACCAGAAGUUUCAAUACUUUUAACAUUAGUCUACUUUGAUCAAGAUUAGAAGUGAUGAAAAUCUAAGUUGACUAAUUCCAAAUUCUCCUCCUUUGGUUUCAUAUAUAGCACAAUCAUAUACAAUCUCAAAUGAAAUCUUAAUACUAUUUAUUUCAGAAAAUCUUAUUAAACUAAUACCAAUAACAGCAGCGUAACUAUUUACUGACUGUUCAAGUAGUGUAUUCAGUACUGUUGAAGCACUUUACAUACAUGAUCUCAUAAAGCUACAAAUUAUAGUAAAAUUAGAUUGAUGUCAGGAGUUAAAUAUGUAAGAUCUCAUAGCUAAUAAGAGCAGCAGGUUUCCAUUCCAAAGAUCAUGCUGUUAAUCAUUAUGGUAUUCUGCUAUGUAUUCUGUGUAUAACAAAUGUGAAAAGAUCUACAAAACUAAGCGAAAAUGUCCUUUGCUCUACUUUUCCAUUCCCUGCCUGUUCUUUAUUCUUUUCCAGUGUCUCCAGACUUCAUAGCCCUUUUCACUCAGUGGAAGGGGACGUGAUGUUAGAUGCAAAUAAAGAUCAGGAGAAGGCGAGAAUAUCUAUCUCCCAAGCAUUUUCUCUUCUCCUUUAUAGCUGCUGGUAAAUGGUGAACAAAACCUUUGUAAAGCAUGGACAUUACUACUUACGUCUUGCUCCUUUGGCACAGAGAUACAUCUAUACACAGCAAGUAGGUGGAUUAGAAAUUAUAACAGGUGCUUCUUGUGAAACACAAUUCAUUUUUAAUAUACAAAAAUGGUACUGCAUUUAUCCACUAUACUGUUUAGGCACUUCCUGUUUUCAGGUGUAGUUGUAAAGCCAGUUUAACUUAUUCAGAUGUGCCCCCUCAUUCCAUUUUAAUUGCUUAACCAGAAAAUUUGACUAUUAAAUUAGCAUAGUCAUAAAGAGAAAGAAAUCUCUAUUUAAAUACAUUUCUAAUAUAUCUUAAGGAAUACCAGUCUACCUAUAUAUUAUUUGCAAAAAACUUGUAAUGUGUCAAUACUAAAACAAAGCAUACAAAAUUUCAUUGGGUAUUCUUCCAGUAAAUAGCUACUCACUGUCUUCCGAGUAUAAAUUACAAACCUACUGCUCUCAAGAUAAAACUUGCCAGGGGAAACAAAAAAAUGCUUAUCUACAUAAAAUUACUUUCUCUCCCUUUACUACAAGAAAUGACUAAAGCAUAACUUCAAGUAAAGUAUACAUCCAAUUAUCCCAUCUACUUACUAAUCUACUUAUUUCGACUUCAUUUGAAUCUCACUUCAAACAAUAUACUGACCUAAAUACUAGAAGAAAUAAAAAUAAAGCGCCAGUAUCAUAAAAAGUAAUAAAGCUGUAGUAUUAAAUCUAAGCUUUUAUAAGUAACUUGUAAUUCAAUAGUCAAAAGUUACUUACUUACAUAACAUAAUAAAACCUAUGUGGCUUCUUUGUUUCAUUGUCAUAAUUAAUGUAUUAUUAAAAACACAUUUUAUUAUAAGUAGCAAACAGAAUAAUACAUGACAUCCUGCUGGCACUGAUAAUUUUUGACCAUUGCUAAAGAUCUGAAAAAGUUAAUAAAGCCACAUGAUAAUCAUACCAACAAAUUUCCUUAAAAGUACUUAAUAAAGUCUUUUCCAGUUAUUAUUUUAAUAUUGUUAGAAAAUUGGGAACAGACAAAAUCACCUCUAACAACAUGCUGUUAGCCAAAAUCAUGCUUAAUUGUCCAACAAAAUUAAGCACAGCAAUGAGGGUGUCCAAUGUCUAAAGUCCACUAUUAGACAUUGUUUUAUGAUUUAACAAAUUUAAACUAAUUUUCUCAGGUAUCCCAGAAAUAAUUAGUAAAAUUAAAAAAGUGGCAUUCUAGAGCCCUGUUCUCACUUUAAUAGCAACUGCAUUUCUAUACUGUAUAUGAAGUAAGCCCAUUUGAAUUCUCAUUUAAAACUUUUUAACAACUAAGACUACUUCAACAAUUCCUGAAUUAAAAUGACUAUAGAAGAAAGAAAAACUAUUAUGCAAUAUCCAAUAGACUCUACUGGCUCACAAAAUAAAAAGAACUUGGGUAAUCAGUCAAAAAUAAUACUAAAAUACUAAACAACAGCCUUAUACAACAUAUGGAAACAACUCAUGACAGUACCAUUUGAAAAAUAAGGAGUAAAAAAGUAGGAUUUCUAAGAAGAACACUAAAGUUUUGCUGUCAGGUAUAAAAUUUCUGACAAUGAAAGUAGGGACUGUUUUUUAGAUAACAAAAACUUUGUUAAAAACAUUGAAAAACUUCCUUAACAUGUUUUACUCAUCUACAUUUUUAAGCAUUCUAGGAGAAAAAAUUACUACAGCCCAAUCAAAUCUUAAAUAUAUUUUUUGGUAUGGAUGGAUAUCACAAAAAUAAUAUAACAUGCAUAUUUUUAAAAAAGAUACCAGCAGAUAAGGAAAUACUGCAAAUGAUCCUAAGAGAAUCUACUACAAAGCAGCACCAAGCAGUACCAAUUCUGAUGAGUAUUGGCACAAGCAGUAGGCAGUCAAAUUAAAAAAUAAAACUGGAAGGAACUCCAAUGUUUAUAAUAGCAUCAUGAGUAAAUCAGAAUCUGAUAAUAAUUCAGUAUCCCACUUAUUCAAUAAAAAAAUUGGCAAAUACUUGAAAUUUAAUAAUUAAGAUUUAAAUUAAGUCCUCAAAGUAUUACUUCUAAUUACAAAAAUAAGACUCCAGAUAAAGUGAAACAAACACAGUGCUGUACUGGUAACUACCAAAUAUCUACUGCUGUUAAACUUUUUAAUGUGUGUUGGGGGUGUUGACAGCAAGACAACAAACUCUUACCAAGUCUCCCUUACCAAAAUCAGGACACACAACUAUGUAUGACAUGGUCCUUAUACAUACACAACCCACAGUUGCACACAAACCCCAGAAAAUAAAUUCAUAAAAAAUAUGAAUGGUAGAGACUUCCGGAAAACGAAUAAUGGUUAUUUCAUUUCUCAUAUUUUUGUGUCUUUUUUUUUCAUGGAAAAGUUUAUAUUAAGUCAUUAAGCUAAUAAGCAUCAUAUUGGUUUAUACUGUAUCUUCUACAACUGGCAGAUUCAUGGCACUCACUAAAUAUAUUCUAAUUUAAUCAAAUAUUAAAAUAUUUACAGGGAACCUUUUAUAGCUAAAGAAUGAUAAUUAAAAUCUAUUUAAUAGAGUACUUAGACUAGAUGAUCUUCCAGAGACACUUUUUUCAGGUUCUGACAGCCUACCAACUGCCAGACAGACACAGACAACUAUGAUAAUAACCAGACAGGAUACCAACAUAUGAUGCUGUUUAAUUAAUCAAUGAUGCCUGUAUACUACACAGUCACACACACAAUGAAAUAGAUCUAUUCCUCAGUUCUAUGAGAAUAACUUCAAAAUGAAUGGAAUAAAGAUCUAAAUGUAAGUAACAAAACACACUGUUUUCUGGGGUUUGGGACACUGAAUUUCUUGUAACUUGGCGGGGGAGCACCAUUCUAAUAUACAAAAUCAGAAACAAUGGGAUUCACAAACAUAGUUAUUAAAAAAAACUAGAAAAUGUUUUUCUUUACAUGACAAUAAAAACAUCAACAAAAUUAGAAGUCAUAUGAAAAACUUGGAAAAGAUAUUUGCAAUCCCCUCCUCUCUUAAGUCUCAGAAGGAAAAGAGCCAAAUGUAAAGUUAAGAAAUUUAAGUUAAAACUAUCCUUUUAAGUUUGCAUCAAAAGCAUCAAUGCAAACUAAUUAUACUGCGUUUUAUUCAUUCAUUCAUUCAUUCAUUCAUUUAUUUUAGUAGUGCCAGGAAUUGAGUUCAUGACCUUGCCAGGCAGGCACUUAGAUCACUGAGCUAAAUUCCCAGCUCUCCUGUCUUUAAAAAAAAAAAAAAAAAAACAAAAGGAAAUCUGGAUGAUGGGAGAAACAUAGGAGUAAAAGGAAGCUACCAUGGCAAGAACACUUAGGACAUAGUCUCUAAUAUGUAUUUUGUUAAAUUCCAGAUCUGGAGUAGAAAAUACACUAGAUAUACUCCAUAAAUAUGCCAAAAGUCAGGUAAGAAAAAAUUAAUUAUGUAAUGUUUAAACAGCUUAAGAUCUAACUUAAAGAGGUUCCUGGGCCAGGGAUAUAGCUCAGUGGCACAGCUCCUAACUGGCAAGCACAAGCACAAGGUCAGGAAUUCGAUCCCCAGUACUCAAGCACAAAAAGAGGCUCCUACUUGCCUGAACUGAAUUUAUUUGGUAACUAUGUGAGAAGAUGGAUAUGUUUAUAUGUUCUGCUAUAUUAGCUGAUAUAUAUAUAUAUAUAUAUAUAUAUCUUAUAACAUCAUGCUCAACACACCCAAUAAAAUUUACUCUUCAACAGAAAGCAAGGAAAAUAAAACUAAGUAAUUAAAGCAACAAAUUCUGGCUAAAAUGAAUUCAGAAACAAGUAUGUACAAAUCUAAGUUCAAAAUGAUGAGUUGAAAAAUUCUGCCCUUUAGAUGCAAAGAAAUCAAUUCUUUAGUCAGAAAACUGGGGAAAAAAAACAAGUAGUUGUUGCUUCAAUAAAUCUUGUAGUUAAUGCACAAAGAAAGUUUAGCAAUUAGAAUAAAUUAAGUAUAUAUAUUGUGACAGGUAAGAUUCCUCCUAAGACUAUAAUCUAAAUUAUUUCAUUUAAGAAAACUCUAUUAACUAUCCAUGUAUCUGGUUUAUGUAAGUUUACAAUUAUGUGUAAGUUUAUAUUCAUGAGAAUAAGUCAGAAAACAAAGGCACUGAAAUAUAAACAUUACUUAUUCUCAAGAAGAAUAUCACCACAUAAUCAAUCACAGAUGGGGUAAAAGAAACAAGUGGUUAUAGCUUGCAAACAUUUGACCUGUGUGAGGAACAGGGAGAGAAAGAAAAUGAGUAUGAGAAAAGAAAAAGCCAGCAGAUUAAAAUAUGAAUUAUCAUUAUGUCUCUACUGGGUAACCAGAAAAGAACCAUCUUCCUUAACAAGUAGCAAAGAUUACAAAAAACUCUAGUUUAGGAUGGAUAUAAAAAUACGGGGCAUAAAGUUGCUAAGCAAGUCACUUGUUAAAGGUCAUUUAAAAAUAUUUUUGUUAGUACAUGUUUGCAUUCAUCUUAAGUAGGUAUCAGCUCAAAAAGAAAGAACAACUGGGAAAGGAGAAAAGAAAGAAAGGGAAAGAUUUUAUAUAUAUAUAGGUAUAGAGAUACAUGUGUGUUAUGUGUAUAUAUACAAGGUGGAUAACAAUACUAUUCAUCUCUGCAAAUUCAUCAAUAAGGAGAGUUUGUGCUCUCACUAUUUGGUGGUUUGAUCAUUUUUUUCAUACCUAAAUCUUGUAACCUGAACGACUACUUUUAAGAUAACAAUAUGCAAUAUUUUAAUGGUGUAAAUUUCCUAUUUUUUUGAAAUUCUGUAUCAUUUAUCUUUUGGUUAAAAUAAGCUUUAAAAAAAAGUACAUCACCUAUCAUUUUUUUUUAAUCAUCCUCUGCCCCAGCAACCUCCCCCACUUCAUCUCUAAAUCCCCUUUCCUCACUUUCAUUACCAUUAUUUCAUAUUUAUGAUAUAUACUGUGGGCAACUGAUUCAUUAUGGGUAUUCAUUUUCAUUAUUAUUUAAUAUCAUAUAUACUGUAAGCAACUGACUCAUUGUGGGUAUUCAUUGGUACAUGUGAUGACGUAUAGUAAAUGUUUUCAUUCCUCUCCA